CUUUCAUUUCACUUUGAAGCAGAAGGCUGGCCUGAGCAAUCAUGUUGUCUUACUCAUCCUACAUACUCACAGCAGUAGCUGCUUUGAUAGUGACUUGCCACGCAUUGAGUAAAUUUCCAGAAAUUUCUGGGCUACCUGAUAUCCCUGGAAAAGAUGUUCUGAAAGGACUGCCACAUGUACCGGGUCUACCUGGUUCUCUGGACACUGGAUGCCACAAUCUUUUAGUAAAUUUGGAACACCGACUUUUCCAACUUGAAGCCGCACUUGCUUUGAAUGGGAAAAUAAGAGAAGUAGGAGAGAAAGUGUUUGCUACCAAUGGAAAGAAAGCCGAUUUUGCAUCUGCACUACGAUCCUGUGAAGAGGCUGGAGGAACUCUUGCAACUCCCAUGAAUGAGGAGGAGAAUAAAGCUAUUAUGGACAUUGUGAAACAGUAUAAGCAAUAUGCUUACUUGGGCAUUAAAGAGUGUGAGACUUCAGGCCAGUUUACAUAUAUAACUGGCAUGCCCCUGAGUUAUACCAAGUGGCACCAAUAUGAGCCUAAUGGCAAAGGGAAAGAAAAAUGUGUAGAGAUGUACAAGGAUGGGAGCUGGAAUGACAAAAAGUGCAACCUGUAUCGUCUCACAAUCUGUGAAUUUUAAAGAAUGACCUUUCAGCCACUUCAGAGUGUGGAGA